AUGCCGAAGAUAAAAGUGAGAGAGAGUGGUAGGGAUUGUAGUAUUUGUUUGGAAGAGUUUGAAGUUGAUGGGGAAGGUAGGGAGAUGCCAUGCAAGCACGUCUUUCAUUCGGGUUGUAUUGAGAAGUGGUUGCAGAUCCAUGGAUCGUGCCCGGUUUGCCGGUUUUUGAUGCCCGCCGAGACGGUCGAAGUCGGAGGCGGUCGUGGUUUGGAGUUUUUACAUUCGCUUUUAGCUUAUGCUAGCCGGACAAACUUGAUAGGUGCAGCGGGUUCGGCUCGGGGUUCACAUCAACCUGCUUCGGGUCGUGCUGAUGAUGAUGAUACACCUUCGAAUUAG